UCACAUAUCUAAGCGAAAUCACUUUUUAAAGUUCAUUUAUUCUAUUUGUGCAUUUUGUUAACUGGAAAAACAAAACAAAGGACGAAUGAGGAGGUUACAGGUCGCAAGCAACCAACGGUAUGCGUUUAGGGUUAAUAUUUAAAGCAUACGGGAUAUUGUUAUUUCUUCUGUUUCACUGCAAUGUCUGUUUCUGGGAGCCGAUAUGGAGAGAAUAAUGUAAGAUGAUGAAAGGUAAGCCUUAUAUUUUGCAAGUUAUAAAUUGCAAGUUUUGUUAUUCAUGUAGUCUAUGCAAUGACACCCAGUGUACUAACAGUUAAGAACAUUAAGAAGCUUCCUUUUAAUUCAAGAAUAUUUAAACAAGAAGGAGCAAUAAGAUUGCAUUCUUGGCAUGUGUCUGAUCGAAGCUUUGUAUUUGACAAGUCGACAUGAAGAAAUAUUCUCUAAUUUACAACCUCCUGACGAUCCACUUUCUACCUCAUAGCAUGUCUACUGGAGUGAAUGUCAGUGUCUAAUAAACAUGAUCUCUCAGCCUUGCACAGCUCAGCUGCUCAGCCAAGCAAAGUAAGACAUGGUCUGAGAGAGCGAGAGCAACAGAAAGAUCAGAAUAACAAGCAGCACAUAUGGAUAGGAAAUUGUAAAUGUCUACCACAAAGAAAGGUAUUAUUACGGCAUAUGUUGUAUUUUUGAUCAGUGUAAUGGAUGGAUAGAUGGAUAGUUUUCUUUGCAGCUAAUCUGUUCUGAAUUCUUAUACUACACAGACAUAUUUGUUUGCAUAACUUUGUAAACAAACCAAACGAUUCCUUGCUUCUCUUGCUGUUUCUAAAGGGCCACACUGUACUGUAUAACAUAUUGAGUUUCCUUUCAGCAUUUCUGUCUGAAUGAAUAGAUAUUAAUUAUUUACCAAAGUGUACCUGUGAGACCACAUGCAGUUGCAGUGUAAGAACGGCCUCCAGGUCACAAACACUUGAUAUUUAGACGCUGGCGUCUGUCUACGGCGGAACUGUGGCAUUUAAGUGUAGCUACAAAAAUAGAUUGAAUAUAUUGCUCAUUUUCCAGACAUACUCUGGAGUUUGUUUAGCACUGGGGAAAAUCUGAGGAUUUACUAUCAAGCUACCUGGAUAUCAAACACAGGAAUGUAAUCAGGACUUAUCAUUAGCAGUGAAAAGGAAAUGUAGGAUGAAGCUCUGUAUCUAUGCCAUAAACAGCUGAUCACUACUGCUUUCUCCAGCACCAUGGCAGAUGCUUUAUUGGAGCGAGGCACGAGCUCUAAUUCCUCGAGUAAUCACACAGAUUUAAUCCUGACAGCACCACUCAGCUGCAGCAACGAUGAGUCAUACAAGUACAUCAUCUUACCCCUGUGCUACUCUAUAACCUUCUUACUCAGUGUUGUCCUAAACUCCACUGUUCUUUUGCGCUCGUACCGUGGUGGCCGCCGAUGGAAUACCUCACUAAUUUAUAUGGUCAACCUGGCAUCCACGGACCUAAUGUACAGCUUGUCUCUGCCACUCUUGGUGGCAAGUUAUGUCAUGCAUGACCAUUGGGUGUUUGGGGAUUUUAUGUGCAGGUUGGUACGCUUCCUCUUUUAUUUCAACCUCUACUGUAGCAUCUUUUUCCUCACCUGCAUCUCUGUGCACCGCUAUAUGGGUAUCUGCCACCCUAUCAGAACCAUCAAGCUGGAGAGCAAGCGUGCUGCAAAGAGCACCUGCGCUAUGGUCUGGGUCGUGGUGUUCCUGCUCACCUGUCCGAUAUUUCGUUUCGCUCAAACUGGCGACAUGCCUAGAGUAGAUGGAAAUGGAAAGAACACAACCAUGGGAAGUGGGCUAAACCAAGUGGGCCUAGAGAUGUAUAAGAACUGUUUUGAUGUUGCAACAGACACUGAGUUCUCAGAGUACAUUCCAUAUGGAAUUGUUCUUCACCUUCUAGGCUUCUUUGUUCCCUUUACUGUCAUUGCAUGGUGUUACUCGCAGGUGGUUCGAACCAUCUUUCAGACCUUGCACACCCAACCAUACGUGCAGGAGGUCAGUGAUAAUGAAAGAGGCCCCACCAAUCAGACCUCGAUCUCGAUCUCUGGCUCUCAGCAUGCACCAUAUAUCAGCAGGCGCCGCAAAUCCAUCAAAACAAUCAUUACCAUCACCUUCUUGUUCGCGCUGUGCUUUCUACCAUUCCAUAUCACCCGGACGCUGUACCUCAUUCUUAAACAGAGAAACGCAGAGUGCCACACCAUACACGCUAUUUCUGUCUGCUACAAAGUCACUCGACCCCUGGCGUCAUUCAAUUCAUGGCUCAAUGCUCUGCUCUACUUCCUCACUGGGGACAAUGGCAUCUCUUGCUGUGGACUGACAGAAACCAGUCAUCAUACGCACCAUGUCUGGCCAUCAAGGGCUCUUGGAGGACUGAAAAAGGACGUGGUGGCUGAAAAGGGAGAACAGGGUGAAAAACAUACAAACCAUAAUCAAAAGAAAGACUCCAAACCCUCAGGAAUCACACAAAGGACUGUGAAUAUGACCAAGCCCUGUCCAUGGUGGCUUUCCUAUGAAUUGUCUGUGUCUGAAUAAUACUGAUCAUAUAUUUAUUUUGUUAAUUUUCUAUUAAAAGAGCAAUAAGAAUAUUUCUUAUUCGAAUUCUCUGUGCUGAAGUAGUUGCAUUUUAUCACCUUAUUGCUCAGUACAUGGCUAUUUACCAGCCUGGAACAAAAAUUUUUAUUUGCAUCCUGCAUUGAGCCAUUCUAAUCUUGUGACGUUUUGUUAUUUGUCAUAACUGUGGUAAUGCUGAGACUGCCUUAACUUAAAAAAAAAACUGUUUAUUAAUUUGCUCUUCAUUAAUUAUUUAUUAAAUGAUUGUUUCCAACUAAAGCAUUAAAAUGAUUGAUUUUUUUACAUUCAUCUCCCUUAAUUAAUACAAGAUCUACAAUGGCUGCUAGCAAAUGGAGUGUAAUGAGACUGAUUAAUAUAUAAGAACAAGUCAAUAAAUGAAAAGAAAACAGGAAACCAUGUUACUAAUUCACAGCCCGUGACCAUGCAUGUAUUAAUAGUUAAACUCUUUCCUGUCCUGAUCUUAGCACAAGAUUAGAAUUAAGCAUAAUCCAUUAGUAUUACUUUGACCCUUACGCCUGACCUCCCUGCAUGUUAAUGAUAGUUUCAUGGCGUAAAUUAUAAGUGAUGAAUACGAUCAGCAAUGCCUUUUUUUUUAUUAAAUGUUCAUCAAAUCAAACAACUGUUUUUACAAUUUUCUAUAUGUACACAUUUUAUUCAUUAUUUUGUUGUUUACGCCUCAUAUCCACAAAACACACAUGGUUGCUAGACCAUAAA